AUGGAGGAGCUGUAUAGGAAAUUUUCAGAGACUCUAAGAGAAAACACAUCGCUAAGACAUCAGAUUGUCGAUCUCGAAUCUGCCUUGAGCUCGAAGGAGCAGGAGCUAUUGAUGGCCAAAGAAUCUUCAGGCUUAGGUCAAUACUUGAGGAGGAUAGAGUCUUUGGAGCGAGAAAAUAAGAGGUUGAAAGACAUGGUAGAGAGGGCAGGGCAGGACAACUGUGAGGGUGAGAAUAUAAACCCAAACGCGAUCAUGAGUGAAGAGAAAACAGAGAAUGGAACCCAUAGAAGUGAGACUAAAGAUCCUAGUGGAGAGCUGCGCCAAUACCUUAAGACAAUAAGAGAAUAUGUCACAGGCCUUACAGGGUACAAAAUGGAAUUCCGGGAUGGGGAAAUCAUCUUCCAUUCCCUCUAUGCCUUUGACAGCGAGGAUGUUUUUAUCUUCCGAUACAAGUCUGGAAACAUGGAGCUCGUUAACAACGACUUUGCCGCUUCAUGGGCCACAGAGGUACAAAACUACCUGAUUGCAGGAAAGUCCAUUCCUGCAUUCCUUGCAGCGGUCACCCUAGAACUCUUCAACAAGAAGACAUUUGGAUAG